GGGGGGACGGGGACGGGCUGGGUUUGCCGGGGGGGGGAAGAGAAGGGGGGGGAAACGUGGUCUCCCGAAAAUAAAGCGUGGAGGGGGCGGGGGCGACGGGAGCGCGCGCGCAUGGCCGCGGCGCGGGGCUGCGCGGCGGCGGCGGCGGCGGCGGCGGCGGAGCCCCGGUGUGGCGGCCGCGGGGUGCACGGUGCGCGCCGGGCGCCUCUCGCCGUCCUCCUCGCCCCCGGCCCUCCCCCCCCGGCCCCUCGCCUCCUUCCCUCAGCAUCGAUCCCCCCCAUCUCUCCUCCUUUUUUUUUUUUUAAAGUGUGACUGAAACAAAACAAAGCAAAAGGGACGUUGGAUCUAUCAUUGGUUGCUUUUCCUCCUCUUUUUUUUUUUUAUGAUCAAAAACAACCCCCCACCAGAGCAAACAAACACACACAAAAGCAGAAAGAAAGGGUUUUGCUCAGCAGCAGCAUGGAUGUCUUGGCUAGUUAUAGUAUAUUCCAGGAACUCCAGCUUGUCCACGACACCGGCUACUUCUCAGCUUUGCCAUCCUUGGAGGAAAACUGGCAGCAGACAUGCCUCGAAUUGGAGCGAUACCUUCAGACAGAACCACGGAAGAUCUCCGAGAGCUUUGGUGAGGAUUUGGACUGCUUCCUUCAUGCUUCCUCAGCUCCAGAUGCAGAGGACAGUAUCCGACGGCUGGACCCCAUCCUCUUGCCAGUGGAAACAAGUACAUGUGACAAAAACGCCAACAUGGACAUUAUCCUCUCACGGGACAAGCUGCUGUCUGAGACGUGCCUCAGCUUGCAGUCCACCAGCUCUUCCACAGAAGGCUACACAGCCGUCAACCAGGCCCAACUCAAUGCAGUAACCUCAUUAACACCCCCUUCGUCUCCGGAGCUCAGCCGCCACCUCGUAAAAACCUCACAAACUCUCUCAGCGGUGGACGGCACGGUGACAUUGAAACUGGUGGCCAAGAAGGCUUCACUCAGCUCCAUGAAAGUGGGUGUGGCAGCAGCGACUGCGGGGACAAUAAAGAGUGGGCAAAGCGACAGUGAACAAGGAGGGACAGGGGCAGAGGCAUCCCCGGAAAACAAGAAGAGGGUUCAUCGCUGUCAAUUUAAUGGAUGCCGGAAGGUUUAUACAAAGAGCUCCCACUUAAAGGCUCACCAGAGGACUCAUACAGGUGAGAAGCCUUACAAGUGUUCGUGGGAAGGGUGCGAGUGGCGUUUUGCACGGAGCGACGAGCUCACGAGGCAUUACAGAAAGCACACGGGUGCAAAGCCCUUUAAAUGCAACCAUUGUGACAGGUGUUUCUCCAGGUCUGAUCACCUCGCCCUCCACAUGAAGAGACACAUCUAAACAUCAGUCAGCUUGGCAUGGAUGUCAUCUGAGCUAAGUGUUAUGAGAUGAGAGUGGAACUCAAGUUAAUAAACCGCUGCCUUGCAGGAGAAGAGAACUUGUUCACAUGUAAUCCUCUGUACAGAGACCACACGCUCACACUGUCAUGCACCCAAUUAUACUUCAAUACAUACAUCUGUUCUUUAUGCCUUGCCCCAGCUGGAUGGGAGAAGAUGCAGGCGAGGAAAUGGGAUAGAGGUGAAGACAGUAAGAAGGAACAAUUGCUUACAGUACUUCAUCUCUCUUGGAUUUGUUUCCUGUUUUUUGCCAAUGGAAAUCAAAGAAAAUGGAGGAGGCUUCCCUGCAGGUGGACAGCAGUAGGAGGGGCUUAUUUAACUUGCUUCUCAGUGCAACUCCAUAGGAGAAUAUGUCGUCUUGAAGUUGCAUAUUUGUAGCACUAACUUUUCUUUUUAAAUAGAUGGGGGAAAAACAAUGACCUAGAAAACCAAAUCCCAGUUUGGUAGCCAAAAUUAACCUCUUGGUUCAUUUGUUCUUUGUCUGAGAAUUCCUAAUGUUCAGUGCGUCAGACUUCUCACAGACACUUUGACCUGUCUUGGUUUUGGUUCUUCUUCCUAGAACUGAGCUAUUAAGAUCCUUUUAAGUCAAUACCAGUGGCCUUAAUGGCAGUAGACUGUGGAGUGACACUUGUGACACAAACAUCCUCUUUUUGGCCUGAGUUUAUGUAGACUUCACGGAGGACUAUAUUUUUCUUGGUUGUAUUAUUUUAAUUUUUGUUUUGGCUAUUGCACAACAUAUGCACUAGGGACUCCGCAAGCUGCUGGCAUGAUGGCUAAGUGGCCAAGGGAUAAGCCCCUGAGAAACAGCACCUAAUAUCUCUGUAGGCAUCACCUUAUUGCCGUAGCUAGGACUUCUUGUUUAUUUGUUGAACGAAAACUUUAAAAGCUUAUUUGGAAGCUUAAACAUUUUUUUUCUCUUUUCUCCACGAACAAGUGAUCUUCAGAACUCCUUGUCUUCACCUGGAUAUCGGUCUGGGACUGGCCACACAGGCAUGACUACAGGAUUCCUUCCACAUCAUGUGAGCAUGUUAGCCACAACCCACAGUGACUUAUUGAUGAAUUAUGUUGCUUGUUCUUGCUGUUCUUCUAUUAACCAGUUUAAAACAUUAGACUUUUGUUUGUGUAAAAAGCACCUGCAGACAUUUUAAUUUAAACCUAAUGUUUGUUGAGCAUCUUACACACAAAAAAAGCCAAAAACUCCAGUCCCUGAGUGGCAAAGCAAGAACCUCUUCCAAGUACAAUGGCUUCAUUCAGCAUUAGUCUUUUAAAGAAAUUGUUAAAAGUCCUCAUUUUCCAUUCAUCAAGUUGAUACUGUAGCCCAUUCCUGUACGAAAAAAACAUAACAAAAUGUAAAUGGUGAAUGAAGGGUGGGAUUUUACACACAGCAGUGAGGCUUUUCCAAUUGAUUGGUCUAAAGUAUUACUAACCUAGAGGUCCAUUUUGGCCUACUGUGUGAACCAUCAAGGAGAAGUGGAGGUCUGAUGCUCACCUUUCAGCCCUAUUGAUAAUUGGAUUUUUUUGGCUCAAAGUGGAUUAAAGUCUUCAUUUCAAAAGAAAAACAAAAAAAAUGAAUCUUGCCAUAACUUGCAUUUGAAACUAUUUGGCACUGGCCCUGACUCCAAAGACUGCAUUUAAGACCAUAAAAAUGGCCUAUGCAAGCAGGCAGGGUGAUCAUUAGGUUGUAUAUUUUGUAUAUUCUGGGACCAUCCCUACAAAAUGUGUCUAGAAAUGAAACAAAAUGGCGCGUGGUCCACAAAUGAUUGCUGCUCUUUUAUACUGUACUAGCCAACUGCCCUUCUUUGACUGUUUUGACUCAUUGACUGUUAUAUAUUUCCCUUAAUUUAUGUUUUGGGAGGUAAAACUGUACUCUUGGGGAAAAAAGAAACAAGAAACUCGAUAGACGUUUAAGACCUGUCACCGGGAUCCUUGGCACUUGAAUUCUCAGCUUUUUUGCAACCUUUGGUUCCAGUGAGAGAUUGAAUUUACUAGAAAGAUGCUGUUUUUCCUCACAGUUUUCACAAAACACUGUGACUGUCAACUGAGCAUUUUGGGGACAGGGGGAAUACAAUGUCUGGCCCAUAUGGCAUGAAAUAUGGACCAAAAUCUAACCAUCUUUUAGGGGCAAUGAUGUACCAUUCAUGAUAAAAGUAAGAGAGAGAGAGAGAGAGAAAGAAAGGGAGGACGGAAGGACAGAAGAAAGGAAGGAAGGAAGAAAAUUGAGUUUAUUCCAAAGAUUUAAAACUAACCAUACUAUAUAUAUAUAUAUAUAUAUAUAAAAAGAAAUUACGGAGCACUGCUUGCUGACAAUCUUGUAGUUCUCUCCUUCUGUAUUUGCAUACUUUUUAUGGCCAUUCCAUCCAGCUAUUCCACUGGGAUUGAGGGUCCUAGAAUCCAACUUGUGUUGGAAUAUAUAGAGCAUCCUGCCAGAUGUCUAAUGGGAACUGAAACCUCAUCUGUGUGAAACUGUAGAGCAUCCAGAUUAGAUUAAAAAAAAGGAUAAAGAAUCUUAGAAUUUCAUUACUGCAGCGUACUAAAAAGUAUGUGCUCGCAAGCCCACCACUGCAAUAUUCAUUGGCUGUGAACCUGCAUAAAUAUCCUCUGUUGACCUCUGAACACACCUGCCUUUAGGUAUGCUAUCAAUAGCCUACAAAAUGUAAUUAUUAAGUGACAGUUUAAGUACCAGCCUCUAUAUAAAAAGGCAAAAAAAUCAAGCAAGACUGUUUAUUUACUUCCUAUUGUCAUUUGUCGUCUUGUAACAUCUCAUUUAAAUAUGGCAGAACAAGGGCCCCAUGGAAAAAACACACUGAAAUAUCUCAUUAUUUUAUUGUUUCUAGAGAUAGGCCUACAUCUAAGUCCUGGUCCAAAUAGCCAAAAAUCAGAGGGAAAAAGGGGAUUAGAGUCUUAACCAGAAUCCAGAUUUCUCAGGCCCUAUCUCUAGCAGGUCUUGAACUUUGAAGCAAAAUUCGGGCCUUUGGGACCAUCUCUUCUGUUUGUAAAGGGAGAUAUUUUUCACCUGCAUAUGCUCUGCACGCGGUCAGUCUCUGGACUUCAGGUUUUAUGUGCUCAUAUGCAAGUGUCUCAGAACCAUAGCUAAUGUUUUGUAGACGGGGUUUCCAUUUUGGAAGGGCAUAAUUAGUGACACUUUACAGGAGUCUGUUUUUACAAUGAGAAAAUGUAUUUCUUUGCAGAUGUUUCAAAUUGUGCACUUAAAACCUGAGUAAUCUGUAAUAGCUAGAUCCUUCCUGGGCCUGUGUCUCCUUGCUAAAGUUGUAUAGAGAUCUUCCAUUUCUUAGCCAUGAGUAGAAACAGACUAAUGAAAAAAGGCUAAUCCUGCUUGUCAUGUUGCUUUGGUAUCAAACUUGGUAAAAGUUGAGGGGAGCAAAUUAUCCAGCAGUUUUCAGAGAGCUCUAGAAAGGAGAAGCUUUGCCUUAUUUCCUUCAUACUGGAUUUAUAUCUAUUUGCAAAACUGAAGCCAUUAUAAAAGUGCCAGAUUCUGUUUUCCAAGGCCUUGGAACUAUAGGAUGAGAAAAAAAAAUGAACAAAAUACAAUACCCAAAUGAAAAUAAUGCAGGCAAAUGUGUUUUUUUUUGUGAAUGGUUAAAUAGUAUUUUGGAACAGAGCAGUCAAUCAUAGAAUCAUGCAGGCAGGAGAAGACCUCCAGAGGCCACAGCAGCCAACCUUCUGCUCCAAGCAGGUCCAACUAGAGCUAGUUGCUCAGGGCCGUGUCCAGUCGAGUUCUGAAUAUCGCCAAGGGUGGAAAUUCUACAACGUCUUUGUGCAGCCUGGUCCAAUAUUUGACCACCCUUGUGGCAAAAUUCUUUUUUUCCGUAUGUCAAGCCAGGAUUUCCCAUGUUCCAAUUUGUGUUCAUUGCCUCUCAUCCUUCCACUGUGCACGGAGAAGUAUUUGACUGUCUUUUCUACCUCCUCCCAUUAGGCAGUUGUAGACAGCAGUAAGAUCUCCCCUUACACUUCUCUAAGGCUGAACAAAUCCAUGUCUCUCAGCCUCUCCUUGUCCAUCAUGUGCUCCAGCCCCCUGACCCUCUUGGUGGCCCACCUCUGGACUCGCUGCAGUAUCUCAAUAACUUUCUUGUAAUGGAGAGUCGAGAACUAGACAGAGUAUUCCAGAUCAACAUAUACUUCAUGUAUGAUGGUGUUGAUAUAACUUAUUUAUUCUGGAUUUUUCAACUAAUUCUAUAAUGAGAUUCUACUUUGAAACCUGACAUAUGAAAAAUCUUCUAGGAAGCUACAGUAUCAAGCAUUUUAAAAUUGGAUUUGCUGAAUUUAUGUAUAAAAACAUGCUUAUAGAACUGUGAUUUCUAUACAUCCAGCCUGGGGUCUGGCAGGCAAGAUUCUGUUUUUCCAACAUAAUCAUUGCUGUUUUACCUUAAACUGAAAAAUGUAUUGUUUCACUCAUGUUAUAUCAAAUAUGGAAACACAUGAUGCUGUAUUUUAGUCACCUUUCAGAACAGAACAACACAUCAGUGCAUAUUUGCUCUACUUUUUUCCAUUAGGAGAAAAAGAGCAACCUGAAACAUCACACAUAUUUUAUAAAGACUAUUCUAACAGAAAAAGAGAUUCCAGAGUCCAGAGUAUUUUUCAUUAUCCCAGAGUCACUCACUUUCAAUAGUCACUACUCAGUCUGGAAAAUUGUAUCACCUGGACAGACUCGGCAAAUGAACAAAGAAAGGUAAUUCCCUGUCAAAUUCCAGGACUGAAAUCCUAGGUUUAUUGAAUGUCUUGGACAAGGCUCUGAGCUAUCUGAUCUAACUGAACUGCUUAAAGCAGAGGGUGGAGUAGGUGACCUCCAGAGGCACUUUCCAACAUAAAUUUUUCCAUGAUUCUAUGAUUCUUAUCGGAGCUCUCACUGAUUAAGUGUGUGCUGGUUCCGGUCUUCCCAGUCUUGUUCUGGCAGAAUACAGUGUCGGAUCAGUCUGUAGGAUUUCUCUCAAACGCUGAUAGUUUCAUCCUUGUUAAACUUUGUAGGGCUUCCUCAUGAGAUGUGGAGAGGAGGAAAUCUUAAAAAAGAAAAAAGAAGACACUCAGCAUAUCAGUAUGAAGUGGUAUCAUACCAUGAGUUAUGUCACUGCUGCAGGGACCAACCAAAUAUUUUGAAAACAAGUUUGCUAGCCUGGAAGAUCAAAGUGAUAUCUGACCAAUGGUUCCCAGUACCUGAAAUCUGAGCCAACUUAUCUCUCUGUGGAGGUGAACAUUAAAAUCUUAUUUUUCAUUCUCAUUUGUCUCAGACUUUUUAGAAUUGUAUUUAUGCUUUUUCUUAGACUAGGAUAUUUUUACUUAAUACCUGGAAAGCACUGACAAAAUAUGGUUAGGGAAAAAGAAUUUGAAUGUAAGAGGACACUCUAGACCCUUGUUUUUGGAACUGUUCAUUUCAGUAAUAAAAAAAAAUCACUGGGUGUAUGACUAAAAUGGAAUUGAUGAACACGAUGGCUGCAGUAACUUGAGUAUAUCUUAUCUAUGACCCUUUUGAUAUUUACCAAAUCAGGCUUUCUUCCUCAUUUUCAUCUGGCCCUAGACAAUUUGGGCUUUUUAGCCAUCUCUACCACAAAGGUUGCUCCUCCUGUUUAAUGUACUUCGUUUAGUUACGUACAGAAGAGGUCAUAAUUGGUGCUUUUGACAAAACCAAUGAAAAUCAAACUUAUGUGUUUCCUUUCUUUCCCUGCUCCCUUAUAUGUGUCAAAGUAUUCAAAUUUAAAAAAUAAAAAAGAGUAAAAUUUUGUAAAUAAUUUAAUGUCUCCAGGCCAGCACCCAGUGGCUCAAGGGCUUUUACUCUUGAUUUCAUUCAGGACUUGGCACAUCCUGGCAUUCCAUCGGGUAAGACUUUUUCUAAGCUUUCAUGUUCCUGGGUGACCCCGACACUCUCUUAAAGUACCUUUUGCUGAUUUCUGGUAGAAUUGCAGUUAUGAAAAUGCCCACAUGCUAAGAACAAAGGCGAACAACAUUUGACAAUGAUUCUGUUUAGCUUUGGCUUGAAAAACACAAAUGAUUUCCUCACGAGAUUUUACAGCUACUCAUGGGCAAGUCUUGCCUGUCUCUCAAUAGCAUUAAAUCUACCCCUUCUUGAAUGAUUGUUCCCAGAUCCAGCUUCAACAGUCUUCUUCCUUGUGCCACAUGCGUGUCUGUUUUUAUUAAUAGUUUAGGGACAGUUGCUGUAGUCUUGCCUCCUCCACAACUCUACAUUGGCUUCAGUGGCAAGAUUUAGCAUUGUAAGAACUGUAGGAUCUGGCCCACCAGGUACUAAGAUCUCUCUUGUAAAGCUGAGAUUUUCCUCCUUCCUUAGAGGAAGUCCAAGACAUACUUGUACUAUAUAAGUUAUAUAUAUAAUGAUAUAGUUGUAUAUAUAAAUUAUAUACAUAAAACUUAAAAUUGUGGAGAUGGGGGGUAGGCUGCCUUUAUCACCUUAAGAAUGGGUUUCCCUACCUGAAAGCUUUCAAAUGCAGGUGUCAUUUUUUAAACAGGGUUUUAUAGUUUUCCUUAAUGCUUGUUAAUAGCGUUUUUGGUGUAAUAGUUAAAGUUGGAACUCUUCACAAUUUUCAAAAUGAAAGCUCUGAUUAUUUUUUUUAAGUGCUUUGGUCCUAACUUCUAUAUACUGCCAGAAAAUAGGUUCUACACCCUGUCUCUGUGUGGGUGUGCAUAUACAACAAAAUACCACAUAUACCUGCACAGGAGAGGAAACUGAGCUACUGUCUUUCAGUGUGUAGUAGCCAACCGUGCCUAUUGCUUUGAUUUAGGGAGGGCAGUUACAGUUGCCACUGCAUUUUAGGAAUCAUGUCAGCUUCUGUAGGAAAGUUUUCGACACUGCUGGGAAAUAUAUGUUGCUGUGUACUGUGAAUGAGUAGGCCGCAAAUUUGGGGGUUGGGAGGGGAGGUGGGAAAGGAGGGGGAAGAGGGCUUAGCAUGUACACGCUAAAAGUGAACUAGAAUGGACAGAAAGGUGACAAUUUUAGCCUUCAUCUUUGGGCUUUCGGGGAACCUAAAAGCUAACACACAGUCCCUAAACGGCCUGAUGGCUGAAGGGCUGAUCUUCACUUUCUAUUUUACAACGUAUGUUUCACCGUCUCUGUGUAGUUUAGAACCAGGCCUGUCAGAUUCUGGAAGUAGAUCAAAACUCUGGUUUAAACACUACUUUGUUACCAAGGCCAUGUCUCUACCCGGGAAGUUGCCCUGUGUUCCUGUAUCUGUCUAGUUAAAAUCCCCUUGUGGAUGCAGCAAGCACUUGCUUGCCUGGGCUGUGUUUGCAUUGGUAUGCUAUGCGGUUAAGAUAAAGUGUAAGAAAUGGUUAAACCAAUUAAGAUACCUCUGCAGGAAGGUUCUUGCACCAGUUUAACUACAUGGUUUUGAAAUCAUUGCAUAUGAACCAUGACAGCUUUUCUCUUAGAAACAAGGCCUUCGUUUAGCAUGUCUACUAUUCUAAUUGAAAUAAUAAUAAUUUAGGCUAAGAUUUUUUUCUUGCUUUGCAAAGUGGCCUGUUUUCUUUCAUGUUGUUUAAAACCUUUCUUGCUCUCUGCUAGACAUCAAGUUUUUGGAUUUGGGAUUUUUUUAGCAACAACAACAAAGUAUGAAUGCUCCCUAUUUAAAAAAACAAACAACAUUGCUUGAAGGACUUUCAUUUUGCACUAUAAUUUUUCUUUUGCCAGAUGUGUCUGACAAGUGCAUUUUGGAGAUGCCCUCGGUCACGUUCUCUCAGGCCUACUCUGGUAUUUCUAAUAUAUCACAGAAGUACCCAAUCUUGUAGCCCUCAGUUCUGCCUUUUUUUGACAUUUUAUUUUUUUUAAGCUUUUUAUAUAUAUAUAUAUAUAUAUAUAAAUAUAUUACUUUGUCAGUUUUUUUGCUGUACAAAAAGUCUUAAGAUUUAAAAAUAUUAUUUGUAUUAUAUGAUGGUGGUAUGUUAAUGUUACAAAAUUAUUAAUGAAGAAAAAAUUUAUUUUUGUUACUGGUCUGUUUCAUAAUUCUUUUUUAAAUUGGUAUAUUGUAAGAUAUCUAUGCAAAAAUGUUAUGUGACGCAUUUUUAUUUAAGAAUGUAAUAUGUGUAAUAAACAGUAGAAUGUGUUUGGCCCGACA